UGCCUCGCACCGCGCAGCCGCAGGUGGUGGUGUGUGCCGCAUGCACAACAACUCAACGCGCAUCCGCAAGUCACAGACCCCGCAGGAGGGCAUCACUCAUGCUUCGACCCGCCGCUGCCAACCAUUGACCGAGCCCGCCGACAGGUGCGACGCCGACCUCGCGCCAUUGAAACGAGCUCGCCGACGGGAACGACCGCCGACAAAUGUCACAGCCGGACCAGGUCACGUCGCGGCCAGUUGCGUGCCUCCACUGCCGCCGACGGCGUUCGUACUGCUCCAAGGAGAAGCCGACGUGCUCGCGGUGCCGCGACGCGGGGCUCGAGUGCGUCUACGAGGGUGCGCGCAAGGUCCUCGUCAACGAGACGUACCUGCGCGAGCUCGAGGCCAAGGCCAAGGCGCUCGACAAGGUUCUGGCCGGCGGCGGCGCCGCGACCAAGAGCGGCGAGGUCCCCGAGGACCAUGACGCCGGCCAGGCUAAACCUCACCACCAUCAUAACGACUUUGACGAGCACGAGCCGCUGGCCGCUCUGACCCGGCUGAGCCUCAACUCGACCAGCUUCCAGGGCCCCGCGUCAUCGGACAACUUCCUCCGCAGCGUGCGCAAGCUGUCCGGGCUGGGCGAGGGCGUCGGCGACGGCCUGGCCCGGAGCCUGUACGAGCCCGACGCUCUGCCGUCACGGCGCCAGGUCCGGCGCUCGCGGCUGCCGCCCAUCGACAUCGCGCGGCGGCUGUUCGCGGCGCAAUACAUGUACAUCGGCACCAUAUUUGCCUUCACGGACCCACGCGAGUCGUUUGAGCAGCUGCUCGCCGAGGCGUACCGGCGUGGCCCGCCCGACGCCGGCGACCGCGAUGCCUGCCUCAAGCACGCCAAGGUGCUACUGGUGCUGGCAUUCGGGCAGCUCUACUCGGUCAACCAAUGGGUCGACUUCCGCGGCCCGCCGGGGUUUGACUACUUCACCGACGCGCUGGGCCUGUUGCCAGAGACGCACGAGGAGGGCUCGGUGCUGUGCGUGGAGACGCUCGCGCUGGCGGGCUACUUCAUGGCCAACAUGAACCGGCGCGACGCGGCGUUCCAGUACAUCGGCAAGGCGGUGCGCAUGGCCGUCUCGCUGGGCCUGCACGAGGAGGUCGAGUGGGCCGCGCCGGGCGACGACGACGCCGAGGCGGAGCACCGGCGCCGCGUGUGGUGGUCCGUCUACAGCAUGGACCGGAUCCUGUGCGUCAAGUCGGGCAACCCCAUCUCCAUCCAGGACGAGGACGUGGGCGUGGGCCCGCCGUCGCGGCUGCCUGCCGACCCCGAGUACUGCCCGGCCGUCGUCCUGCGGCACUACACGGAGCUGUCGCGCAUCUUGGGCCGCAUCCACACCACCAUCUACCGCCGGCCCGGCCAGGGCGCGCCGCGCUCCGGCCGCAGCCUCAUCGCCGCCGUCCAGGCCAUCAUGACGGCCCUCUCGCGCUGGCAUCGCGAGCUACCCGAGGGCCUGCGCUUCGAGCCCGCCCGCCUGCGCUUCAGCCGCGAGAGCGUCGGCGCCCUCGCCCACUACUACCAGUGUAUCAACAUGGCGGUGCGCCCGCUGCUAUUCCACGUCGUGCAGCGUCGCCUGCGGGCCGGCGAGCGCGGCGACUGGCGCGAGGGGCUGUCGCCGACGACGGUCCGCGUCGUCGACAUGUGCGUCGGCGCGGCCCAGGACGUGGUCAAUAUGAUGGCCAUUGCCGCCCAGCGCGACAUGGUCGCCACGUAUGGCUACAUGGACGGCGAGCACAUCUUCUCGGCCACCAUCGUGCUCGUCAUGGUCUGCGCCGCGUUCCCGCCCGAUCCCGCGAGCGCGGCCGCCACCGACACCGGCCUGGGGCUCCUGCGCGCCAUGGGCGAGCGCGGCAACAGCCACAUGGGGGCGCGAUACGAGCUGCUCGCCGGCCUGCACUCGCCGCUGCCGCAGGCACAGCCGGCCGUGGCCUUGGGCGUCGACGCCCCAGCCUUCCCCGUCGUCAGCAACAGCGCCCUCGACGAGCCCCUGCACGACGACAUGGACCUGCGCCUCUGGGAAGAGGGCUUCGCGUACCCGGCCAUGGACCUCGACCUGGACCUGCCGGGCAGCAUGAGCCUGUCGGAUUUCAUGUACGGUGUGGGUGAGACAUGACGAGGCGUGCCCGUCCAGUGCUGGGUUCGCAUGGUGCGUGCGUGGACGCGACAGUCGCGAGCACCUUGCAGCAGAUAUCACACACAGCAUGCGUUCAUUUGGCAAUCACAGCAAAUACACACGAGGCGUGGAGCCAACACCCGCGAGCUUGAAUUUGUUCCAUCUGAGGGAAGAUCGUCCAGGCUGGACGUGGCAGCCAUGUACCUACAUAGGUAGUGUGCCCUUGCUCGCGCGCAGUGUUGACGGCAUGCAAGCAUCCGUCCAUGAUGAGGGCCUUAUAGUAAUACUAUAACUCUGCGCUGUUCCACGACAGCCUCGCUCCCCCUACCCCA